UUCGCCGUCCACAUCAUCUGCAAGAAUGGGCGACAUGGGCAUUGACAAGGACAGAAGACCGGACUGGGCCAAUCUGUCUGUUCUUCACCGCAACACAUUACAGCCACGCUCCUCGUUCUUGGGCUACAGCAACGAACAAGAUGCUCUGGCGAGAGACGCAUCGAAAGCAAAGGCAAUUUCGCUCUCUGGGCUGUGGAAGCUCCAACUCAGUAACUCGCCCUUAGAGGCGCCAGCAGGCUUUGAGUUGGACGACUUUGACAGCUCCGAAUGGGCUGACGUAGCAGUGCCUGGCAUGUGGCAGCUCCAGGGCUUUGGACGAGGACCUCACUAUACCAAUGUCCAGUUUCCUUUCUUCGUGGACCCUCCCUACCCGCCAUAUACCGACAAUGAAACGGGCUCAUACCUGACAAGAUUUCAGGUGCCCAAAGAGCUCGAGGAUCAUCAGCUUCGGCUCCGAUUUGAGGGUGUAGACUCUGGAUUUCAUGUGUACGUCAAUGGCAAAGAGGUCGGAUACAGCCAGGGGGCUCGGAAUCCUUCCGAGUUUGAUGUUACCUCAUUCGUGAAGUUGGGACAAGACAACAGCCUGGCAGUGCGCGUCUAUCAGUUCACAGACGGCAGUUAUAUCGAAGAUCAAGAUCAAUGGUGGUUGUCAGGCAUAUUUCGCGACGUCUUCUUGCUUGGUUUUCCGCAGGACAACCGUGUGGAAGACUUAUCGGUGCAAACCCUGCUCGACGACGAGUAUCGUGACGCUACCCUGGAGGUUCAAGCGAUCAUCACUGGCAUAGGAGAAGUCUACUUCAAGCUCAUAGAUGCUGCGGGAAAUGAAAUUGCCACUUACCAAACCGUGAAGAGAGAAAAGACGACGGACGUGAUCUCCAUUUCCAUGCCUGUGAAGGACCCUCACAAGUGGACUGCUGAGACGCCAUAUCUUUACAGUCUGGUUGUCUCACUUGCUGGCCAUCAUAUAUCCCAUCGCGUAGGCUUCAGGCAGGUCGAGCUCAAGGAUGGUCUGAUCCAGGUCAACGGCAAGAGGGUGGUCUUCAAAGGUGCCAAUAGACACGAGCAUCAUCCCAUCUCAGGUCGCACUGUGCCGUACGAAUUCAUGAAACAAGAUCUGCUUCUGAUGAAGAGACACAAUCUGAAUGCUAUCAGAACAUGCCAUCAACCCAGUGAUGUGAGAUUGUACGAUCUAUGUGAUGAGCUGGGUCUGUGGGUAAUGGAUGAGGCGGACCUCGAGUGUCACGGAUUCGAAACCAUCGCAGACGCUGCUCUCAGCCCUGCUGACCAAGCCUUGCCCUUUUUCGAGAGACAGAAACUCACGAGAUCCGAAGCUGCAAAGUGGACCUCUGACAAUGCUCUUUGGAGAGACGCAUACCUCGAUCGUGCACAACAGCUUGUGCAUCGGGACAAGCUCCAUCCUUCUGUGAUCAUCUGGAGUCUGGGCAACGAGGCGUUCUAUGGUCAGAACCACACCGCCAUGACAGAGUGGAUUCAUGAGUACGAUCCUACGAGGCUUGUACACUACGAGCCUGAUCUCCAAGCAGAGCAUGUCGACAUGCACUCUCGCAUGUAUCCGAACAUCUCGGAUAUCGUCAAAUUUGCCGGUAGCGAGUCAAAGAAGCCAUUAGUGCUCUGCGAGUACAUUCAUGCCAUGGGUACGGGUCCUGGUAAUAUCAAAGAAUACAUCGAUGCUUUCUACAAAUACCCUACGCUGCAAGGAGGUUGGGUCUGGGAAUGGGCCAACCAUGGGCUUCUGACCAAAACGAAGGAUGGGAAAUCUUUCUUUGGAUAUGGCGGUGACUUCAAGGACAUUCCAAACGACUACAACUUUGUCAUGGAUGGCGUGCUGAACUCUGAUCAUUCCGUGCGUAGCGCCCUAGCUGAGUACAAGAAAGCGGUCGAGCCCGUACAGGUGAUUUCCGCAGACCCUGAAGGAAUUACGAUCGUUAAUCGCUUGGAUUUCGGCACUCUGGAUGACUUUGAAGUGACAUGGUCUACAAUUGACGAUACUGGGAACAACCAGCAGUCCGGCUCGCUUGAGCUGCCAAAGGGCAUCCAGCCUGGAUCUGAGGCAAUGCUCCCUUGGCCCGGCAGUAGAGGUCUCGCCUCGAAGGAGAUCCUAUUGAACCUUCGAUUUGUGCUCAAGGAGUCUACGACUUGGGCUGACAAAGGACACGAGGUAGCGGUACUGCAGGUACAAUCGACUGAUCCCCAGCCCGUGAUUCUCAGCACCGUUGGUGCCAGCCAUAAGGCCCUCGAGACCUCAGCUUCUGCGACUCGGUUGUCACUGAAAAGUGGCGAUGCGGAGUGGCAGUUCGACCUUGUUCAGGGCCAUUUGAAAUCCUGGAAGAAGAAUGGGACCGAGCUGGUUGCUCAGCCGCUGGAACCCACCUUCUACAGAGCACCGACCGACAACGACGCCCCUCGUGAUGGUAAGGAUUGGAAGGACCGGUUUCUUCACCUAGCCCGAAUUCAUACAAGAGAAGCGAAGUGGCAGAAAAGUGAUGAGGGCAACGUGGUCGUGCAACUCGAGCAAAAGUUUGCCCCUCCUGUCCUCUCCUGGUCUCUCGAUCUCCAGACCACAUACACGUUCUGUGCCUCUGGGACGGUCAAGAUUGACAUCAAGGGCACCCCGCGUGGUCAGAACCUCCCUCAGACUUUACCGCGCAUCGGUCUCACUAUGGGCUUGCCAAAGACAUUCGACAACGUCGAAUGGUUCGGUCGCGGACCCGGCGAAAGCUACAAAGACAUGAAACUCUCACAACUCGUAGGCCACUAUACAUCCACCGUCGAUCAACUCUGGGUGCAACCCGAAUUUCCGCAAGAGAGCUCGAAUCGUACGGAUACCCGAUGGGUCAAAUUAUCCUCUUCUGCAGCACAGACGAGCUUGACCGCACAAUUUACCAAGCCGCAGUCGGUCGAUAUGCCGGAUGCUGCUGCCCCGAGGCACCUUUUCGAUUUCAUGGCGAGUUAUUACGAUGUGAAGGAUGUUGAUGAAGCGCAACAUCCUUUUGCACUCGAGGAAAUGCGGAAGGAUUAUGUGGUUUUGAGAUUGGAUGCUGAUCAUCAUGGGUUGGGAACGGGCUCGUGUGGGCCGAAGACUCUUGAGGAGUAUGCUCUGAAAACGAAGGAGUUUGAGUUUACUGCUGUUCUGAGUUGAUAAGCGAGGAUGUGAAUAUCUCUUUCUUUCUUUCUCUCUUUCUCUCUCUCUCUCUCUGUGUGUGUCUGUGUGUGUGGCUUCGUUCUUGAUCAAGAUGUGGCAGUACCAUCCAUGCGUUAGCGAGC